ACAGAACGUUUGUCCAAGGACAAUUUCUUCCGGUAAGAAGAACCACGACAAUCGACUCACCUCGCGAUAUCAAGAAAAUGAUGCCAUCGAUAGAUCACCCCCACCAACCCUGCGGCUCUUCAUCUCCAACUAGUCCGAUCUCAGUUUCGGCUCAGGAAGCCUCAAUGCCAGUACGGAAUCGAUCCGAUCCAUCGGACGAAGAUGGGGUCCUGGACCGUUGUGAAUCAGAGCCGGCGACUCAGCAGCGCCUUUCUUGCGCCAAUCGGCGCCAUCUCUAUCGCGGUCAUCGCAGUGGAAGCCUUAUCGUUGAGGACCUUGAUGAACUCACUGAAUGGCGUGCCCGGCAACGCACGUUUGAUGGCGCUUAUCUAAGGAGUGCACUGGGCUGCUCGUUUUUCGCACUCACAAUCACCAAAAUGUUCCGCAAAGAGCUUUCCCAGAUUGGCUUAGAAUUCGCGGCGCUGUCUCUAUUAAUUUUAAGCAUAUCUUACAUCCGUCGUCGAAGGUUAAAUCACGAUUUUGCAGAUGCACAUUUCCCCCAGCCGACCGAACUGGCCCUGAAUGAAGCUCAAGGGCCGAGGGUGUGGGGUCGGGAGUAUCGCACUCCAGGAGACUUCGUGCUCCUCAUGGCGGCGGCCGUGGCAGCGAUUCAGAUCGGGCUCAUCAUCCUACUUGCUAAUAUGGACUGACCCGAUGUUUUUCAACCAUUUUAAUUACGAACCCUUCCCUUGUAUAUCAUGACCCUUCCAUUUGAAUGGCUAUAUUCUCUCAGCAGACGUUGGAUUGCGACUGACCUACUUGUAUGUAUGUAUUAGGAUUAUGUAUUUUUGACAAAAGGAAGCUGUACACUAGUAUCCGUCUUAUUCCUACCCAGCGGACUUGAGCUUUUGGAGAACACUUGUAUCCAGCCAUCACUAAGCAUCAGUA